UCAAUUAUCGUUCUCUUCUUCCUCAAAUAAUUCUCCAGGUUGUGGAGUUUGAAUAUUCUUCAUCGGAUUACUUGGCAGUUCUUAUAGAGAACAUGGCUGAAUUCCUGUGGACUUUUGCUGUGCAAGAAGUUCUGAAGAAGGUACUCAAAGUUGCAGCUGAGGAAAUUGGUGUGGCUUUGGGCUUCCACAAGGAGUUGUCCGAAUUAAGGGAGUGGUUAUGCAAUGCCGAAGCAAUUUUAAGAGGUAUCAACACUAAAAAACCACACCAUGAAUCUGUGGGGAUGUGGGUGGGGGAUCUUCAACGCAUUGUUUAUGAAGCCGACGAUCUAUUGGACGAGCUUGUUUACGAAGAUCUUCGCCGGAAAGUGGAAACAGAAAAGAGAAAGAAAGUGCGUAAUUUCUUUUCAUCAUCCAAUAAUCCCUUUCUGUUUCGUUUGAAGAUGGCCAAAAGAAUGAAGUACAUUAUUGAAGCUUUACAUAAACAUUACACUAAGGCUGGUCCUUUAGGGCUGAUUGCUCAAGCUGGGGAGGAAUCUACCGAAACACAUAAGAAUAUUGAUCUCAAGCAGAUUCGAGAGACAACAUCAAAGUUUAAGUCUAGAGAAGUUAUAAUAGGAAGGGAAGUUGAAGUUUCGAACAUAGUGAAGCUGGUGGUUGACUCUAGCAAUGAACACCCAAUGUCCAUCAUACCCAUUGUCGGUAUGGGUGGACUAGGGAAAACGACUUUGGCAAAGAUGGUCUUCAAUCAUGAGUUGGUUCAAGGUCAUUUUGAUAAAACUAUAUGGAUAUGUGUGUCUGAACCAUUUAUUGUCAUAAAUAUUUUGGAAGGGAUCUUUCAAAGUCUCACAAAAACUUGGUCUACUGGCUUGAACAAGGAGAACUUACUUCAAAGGCUCCAAGAGGAGAUGCAAGGUAAAAAUUAUUUUCUUGUUCUUGAUGAUGUUUGGAAUGAAGAAGCUACAUUGUGGGAUGACUUAAAGGACUGUCUAAACGAGAUUGCUGGAAAAUCUGGAAAUACUAUUAUCGUGACCACGAGGAGUCCAGACGUUGCCACUAUCAUGGGGACAACUUCGAGCAUUCAUCUUAAAAAAUUGUCCGAUGAUCUAUGUUGGUCCUUGUUCAAAAAGGGUGUAAAUGCAGAUGGCCUAGAGUUGGAAAUUAUCAGAGAAGAGGUGGUUGCAAAAAUUGGCGGAGUACCACUAGUUGCAAAGGUUUUAGGAGGGGCAGUAAAGUUUGAAGGACACUACGAGAGAUGGAUGACAAAAUUCAGAAGCGUGGUGAAAAAUAUAUCAAAAGAUGACAAAGAUUUUGUUUCAUCCAUACUAAAAUUAAGUGUGGAUUGUCUACCACUCCUUUCAUUAAAACAAUGUUUUGCCUAUUCUUCAAAUUUUCCCAAAAAUUAUAUAUUUCAUAAAGAGACCUUAAUUCAAAUGUGGAUAGCACAAGGACUGAUCCAACCAGAAGAAGGAAAUGAUGAAUUGAUGGAGGAUAUAGGAGAAAGAAACUUUAACUUCCUAUUAUCUCGCUCCUUAUUUGAAGUUGCCAAUGAAGAUAGAGGUGAGAUAAUUACUCAAAAAACAUCUGUCCGCCUCCUGGGACAAUUAGUGGAUGGACCAUACUGGUUCAUGAUGCAUGAUCUAAUACAUGAUAUUGCUUGUGCUAUUUCGAAGCAUCAAAAGGUGGAAUCAAACCUCACUAAUUCAAGUGACAAAAUAGUGAGAAAUUUGCGCAGAUUCAUUGAGGACGUUGACCAAGAUGCCGAUGGUAAGUUCGAGGACUUUGUUUCCUUGCGUAUUUUGGUAGUGCACGACGGAUCUAGAAGAUUAUUCACUUCAUUUGGUAUGUUCAAGCAUAUGAGGUAUCUUCACAUUACAAGCUGUAGUGCCUUUUUUGGACUAUGGAAGUUCGAUUUAGAAUCUAUUAGCAUGCUUUAUAACUUGCAAACGCUAAAGCUUCAAGUACAACUAUUAUAUCAGCUUCCCAAAGAUUUAAGAAAAUUGGUGAAGCUAAGACAUAUUCAAUUCAUGGUCAUUCCUAAUCAGAAAAUGCCUUUACAUAUGAGUCAAUUGGUUCAUCUGCAAACAUUAUCUGGAUUUCGAGUAGGUUAUGAGGAGGGUCGUAAAAUUGAAGAAAUUGGACCUUUGAAGAAUUUGAAAGGGGCAUUAAUUCUUGGAGAUCUUAAGAAAGUGAAAAGUAAAGAGGAAGCUAUGGGUGCAAGGUUGAUGGAAAAGAAGAAUUUAACACACCUACACUUUCAGUGGGAUUCUCUCUCUAGGGAAGAUUACAACAUAAAUGAUUUUGGAGUGUUGGAAGGGCUUCAACCACAUCACAAUCUUCAAUCAUUAUCUAUUGAUGACUAUACUGCGCAAGCUUUUCCUAAUGGUAUUUUUGUUGAAUGUUUGGUUUCAAUAUUUCUUCGCAGAUGUCAAAAAUGUGAAAUGCUUCCAAUGCUAGGACAAUUACCUAACCUGGAGGAACUUUUCAUUGAUCAAUUGUAUGAUGUGAGAAGCAUAGGGAGGGAGUUCUAUGGGACAAAUAACUCUAACCAUAGGGUAUUUUUUCCCAAGUUGAAGAAAUUUUCCCUCGUUGAAAUGUUUGGCCUAGAGAAUUGGGAAGACGUACCAAAUGGUAUGGCUUUUCCACAUCUCACAGUCUUAGAGAUUAUUGUGUGUCCUAAAUUAAUGAGUGUUCCAGAUCACUUUGUAUCUCUUCAGACUCUACAAAUUUACAACUGUAGAGUAUUGACGAAACUUCCAAAUCAGCUGCUAGAAGGUUACAAUCAUAUCGAAUCUCUGGACAUUUCUGGUUGUCCUAAUUUGCAUCCGAAUAUGUCUAAUCAAUAUAAUGUGGAAGACACAUGCGUGGAAGUAUGAACGACUUUAAUACGGUCAUACACCAAUCUUAAUUUACACUUCUUUCAUUGAGUGUUACCUCGGAAGAGAAUGCAACAGACUCAGCUUCCUCAACAAAUUGGGUAUCUCACAACUUUGAAGAAGUCAGAAAUUUCUAAUUUUAAUGGUAUUGAAGCUUUACCAGAUUGGUCCGGAAACCUUGCAGUUUAGAAGAAUUGACGCUUUCUUAUUGCAAGAAUCUAAAGUGGUUGCCUUCAAAACAAGUCAUGCUAUCCCUCACUAAAUUGAAUAGUUUGAAAGUUGUUAAAUGUCCACUGCUACCAUUUGGCCAAGGCGAUCCAGAGAGGGCCAAACUUUCCCAUCUUCCAAACAAUUGUGUUCAUAGGCUCAACAGUCUCGGAAGGUUUGGAGCUCUUUAUCCAGCAUGGUUUAUUAUUAGUAUAAACACUACCUCACAUUGAACAAAAGCCACGUUCUGCCAAGCUUUAAUUCUCAUCUUCAGAUAGCAGUCAGAUUCCUCAAGGUUGAUCCUGCUGCUGCUUGCCACUGAAAACCCGAUUAGCUAAAAGAAUUUAGGUUAAUGAUCCAUAUCGAUGUACACAUGUUUUGAGGAUUUUAUUAGUAAAGUUUGGCCAACCUAUAAAUAUUUUAUCCAUAGAUAUUAUGUCAUGGUUAUUAAGCGUGUGAUCAUAUAAAAAUAUAUUGAGCCUUUCGGAUG